UUUUCCCUUUUGCUCUCAGUCUGAGAGGAGGAUGGAGCUAGAAAUCUAAACAGGGCAGCUGGAGCCUGCAGAGUUCCAGCGAAGCUCUGAGUCUGACCUCCUUACCCACCGAACCCCUCACCAAAACCUACCCUGAUCUCUCCGACCCCUCUGACCAUCCAGCCAGCACACCAUGAAGCUCUGGGUGCUGCUUUGCCUGGCAUUGCUUUUGGUGGAGCUCCAAAAUGGUGCCUGCCAACAACCCAAGCGAAGAAAAGAUGUAGGAGAAAACCGCAUCAGGCCAGCAGGGAAAAGGUUGAAGGUGCGCCACCCCAAACUAAAAGAUGCAGGAGGGAAAGGUCAGUCUCUUCUGACCCAGGUGUUGGAUAAAGGACGCUUCCUGCGCCUGGGCCAGACCACAACUAUGACUCCUGGGAAGAACAUGGAGCUACGUUGCAAAGGCUCUAACAUCGGCUGGUCGUACCCAGCUUACCUUGAUACCUUCAACGACUCACGCCUCAGCAUCAAGCAGAGUGAUAAGUACAGUCAGCUGAUCCUGACGUCGCCCUCUGCUGCUGACACUGGACCCUACAGCUGCUGGGUGAUUGUAUGUGAUGGUACAGAAUGUGAGAAGGACCAUGAUCACAUAUAUGUCUCACACAUCUAUUUCACAGACCAGGACAACCUUUUCGUCCCGUCUGCCAUCCACUUUGAGAUCGUGUACCUGCGUCCAGACAGACCUGCUGUGGUGCCAUGUCGUGUAACCGACCCACAAGCCAAGGUGUCCUUGCACAGAGAGGUCCCUGCUGAGGAGAUCCCAGCCAAUGGGACCACCGUGACCUAUGACCCCACCAAGGGAUUUAUCCUGCAGAGCCCCAGCCUUGAACAUCAGGGGGUCUUAUACUGCAAGGCUGUGACCAAGGGCACCCCUCAGGUUUCCAUAAAGUACCAGCUGCUCUAUGUGGAGGUUCCUAGUGGACCACCAUUUGUGAGCCUAGAGGCGUCUCCAGAGUCGGUGAGAGGAGGCGACAACCUCAAUGUAACCUGCACUGUGCUGGGUGAGCCAGAGGUGGACAUCAACUUCACCUGGGUUUACCCUGGUCAGGAUCACCGUCCUGUUCACGUCCAAACCUCCUGGAGGCUGGUCAACAGAGGUUUGGGUCACACCACGCGCAUAUCACAAAGUGUCAUGACUGUAGAGGACAUGGAGACCAUUGACUUUGGAAACUACAUGUGCAAAGCCAAGAACCUGCACGGUGAGACAAUUGUGACAAUCGACAUCAUCUCCAAAUAGCCCCAGCAUGAUGGCCUGUAUCACGGUUAUGUUUGUAAACUGGAUGUAUUUUUAGAUCACAGAUUGUGAUAAC